GAGAACGUCAUUGUUUGACUUUGAUCCAAGCAGGUGUAAUUCAAUACAUUGCACUUAAAAAGCAUUGAAAAGGUACACCCGGAUGCAAUUCAACGCAUUGUAGGUUUAGUGGUGUCAUCAGAAAUGGCGAAUAUAAACUUUGUUUUAUUUUGUUUGUUAAUUGGAGAAAUAUCACCAAUUUUUGUCAAAAAUGGACGAUACGAAGAUCUUUACAUAGUUAUACAGGAUAACAAUGAAGACAAUGAGGUGCUGCUUGAACGUAUAAAGGAGGUUUUUACAGCUGCAUCAAAGCUGUUGUUUACAGCUACUCGUAACCAUCUAUACUUUGGAAAGAUCAAGGUAGUUGUACCAAAGACAUGGUCACUGAAGACAGAAUACAAGCGUCUUAUUGUACCAUCGCAGAUGAAGCAGUACAUCAGCGUAGAUAAAUACGGAGACGGAGUGCCAAAAGUUUACGGACUCACAAAGUGUGGUAGAGGAGGCUCGUACAUGUAUUUAAAUUCAUUAAAAUUCAUUUUGACUGAGGGAAGCACAAACUGGGGAAAUCACGAUAAUGUGAUAGUUCAUGAGUGGGGUCAUUUACGUUAUGGUUUAUACGACGAAUACCCUGUUACCAAACCUUACUAUCCUACAUUUUAUCAAGCAGCCGGAAAAUGGAAUCCUGUCAGGUGCACGAACCUAAUUCAGGGACGUGUAGGUAUGGGUGCUGGUUGCGAUCCUAGCACAGAGUGCAACACUGAGGAUGCCAGCAAGAUACUGAAUGAACGUUGUAAGUUCUGCCCUGAUAGGGAGCAGAAGGUUGAUGCCUCUUUGAUGGGUUUCCAAUGGAUAAAUGUGGCGAGAAAUUACUUUCUAAACAAUUAGCAUACUUAUAUAAAUAGUACAGCUAGUUUUUGUAACAAUCAAUGCUUGUCAAAGGUUUUAUGAUUUAAUCCAUUGAUUAGGAAACGGAGCAUAUUGCGAGACGUUUAUCUAUUUUUGUUGUUGUUGUUGUUGUUGUUGUUAUUUCUCGAAAGGAAGCGAUUUUAUUGAUUAGUAAUACACUUCUUGUCUGAUAAGUGCAUGCCUAUAGAAAAUCUAUCGUGUGCAUUAACCGCGCAAUGAAAUAUGAUGUAAAAUAUUGAUAAUUUAUUGUUUUUGAUGUAUAUUUUUCUCUUUCCCUUGAAUGUUUUGAUAUUAUGAUAACAUCUAAAGUUUAAUCACUGCGGUACUUUCCUAAGACGUCCGAAAACCCAUGGCGGUCAGUUACUUGAGGACAUUAAGGCAGGAUAUGAGCCUUAAAUUAACACAUACACGGUCACUGCACCGGGAAUCGUCAGUUUAUAAGAAAAGUUAACCUACACAUUUUUGUCUUACAUUACAAUUUAUGUUCCCUUGUUGGUUUGACACUUUCAACAUCAACCUCGUUUUCUAAGUAACUGGUUAUGCAUGAACUUUUCGCAAACAUUCAAGCCGUUCAUCAUCUGUGUAAUGAAAUAUAUUUUUAUCAUACAUUAAAAUAUUCUAAUAUUGCUAUUUUGAAUUUCAAACUAAUCGCAUGUUACAGUACAUAAGUAUUGCUCUGUAUCCUUUUUCAUUCUGCAAAUAUGGCCAAAUAAGUAGCUUAAAACUGGUAGUAGGUGGUCUAUGAAUGUGCACAUCAACUUUUGCAUACCAAAAUGUUCGUCAGAAUAUGUAGUUUUCAGAACUGCCUGAUGCCAGUUUCUAGUCACUGGGCAAAGUCCUCAAAUUCAAGAUGGCCGCCAACAUGGCCGCUGAUACAUGAAAAUGAUACCCAAUGCAUAAAAUUGCAAAAUAAAAGCAUUUAACUGUUGUGAAUUAAUUUGAAGUUAUUAUAAAAAUGUUAAAGUUAUAAAUCUGCAAAAUUAUAUGCAUUUAUCGAUAUGAAAUACAAAUUUCUGACACAUUUUAUACCAAUUUUAUAUGGACUUUAGUGUGAUGAAUACUAUUUACGGUCAAUAGACUUUGUUUUUAUUCCUCUAUUUACUGUUGUUCCUUACACAAUGCAAUCCCGUGUUGAACAAGUGAUAAUAAAUUGUAAUAAUAUUAUUAUUUUGUUAAAGAAUACAUUCAAAUUAUUGAUAAUAUAUAUAUUUAUAAGUGGGUGGGGUAAUUCAAUAUAGAAUACAAGGUAUACCUAAUAACAGCUAAAAUAAAAAAUAAAUUGAUAAUCACUUUCAGUUUUGUAUACAUCAUACUAUAGUUUCAUUAUCAAAACAAUGUAUAAAGUACGAAAUAUAUAUUUAAACGAAACGUACCAAGUUUAUUUAAAAAAUGACCGCCAAGAUGGCUGCCGCAAUGUUUCUGCUAUGACUUAUAUUUUAUACCGGCAGCAACACCUUUGAAGAAUAUGCUAUAGCUUGUUGAUUUCUUUGCGUUAUAACAGUCGUACAUAUGUUGAUUAUUUGAUUGUAUUGUGAUUUAUAGAGUAAACUGUAAUAAUUUUUUUUGACAUUUAUAAAAUAAACGAAACAGAACAUAGGUAUAUACAUACAUACCAGAUAUAGGUUAUAAAUGUAAAUAUUCAUAUACAAAUAUCUAAUAAAUGAAUAUUUCCCCUACACCAAAUACACAGUGAAUAAACACUGCUUAAGGUGAUGUCACUUUUUGAAUUUCCGGUGAAUAACAAAAAACCAAAGAAUAUUCAGUUCUUUCCAAAAACUGUUAUAUCAUGAUUCAACCAAAUAGUUUCCUUUGUCUACCAGAAAGGAACAAUUUUUAUAUCUUAAUAUUGAGAUUUGGUACCUUUAUAACAGACAAUAAACUAAAACAAUAGACAUUCAUAUGUGACGUCGGUGAGCUCAACAAAGCAAUUUCAAGCACAAAUAUUAAAGUGGAAUGUAAAGUAAGUUACACAUUACAAUAUCCGUCUAAGAUACUUUCAAAAACAAUGCAUUUGCAGAAUAGAGAGAUAAAAAUAAUUUUGACAGCUCGUGAAAACUAAUGACAAAUUUUGACAGGUAUAUGAUGACUCAUGACCUAAUUAUAUUUUUUUUCUGUUAUUUCUAACUUCCAGUUUGAUUUUCAAAAAAUGGGUAUUCUUUAUUGUAGCUUACAACUCGUACAUUAAAACAAUAAAAGAAUAUAUUGUUA